GCAACUCUUGUUGCUCACUCUUGACCAGCUGCUUUUCUGGAUUUAGUGUGGGCAGCCCUCCCUGCUCAUGUUGUCCACAGAACUGUGGAAGGGAAGACAUCACGUAACAUAUGGCCUGUUUCUACGUUUUUGAGCUCUUUAGACAUACCUGAUGCCAUUUCUUGUUAUUCUUAUACCACCACUGACUAGUUGAUACAUGUAAUAGUUUUAAACUGAGUAGCUUUAAGGGUUUAAGAAACUUCAACCAAAUGAUCUUUUUAGAAAUAAAAGUAUUAUGAAAGAAAUAUGGCCAUCUGCCAUAAUAACUAUCUGCUUCCCCAAAUGGAGUUUUCCUGUCUCCCUAUUUUAUUUAAACUUGUAAUGUAUUAACUGAUUCAUUUAGAAAAUACUUAUAAGUUAUAAUUUACCGCUCCCCCACCACACCCUGUGGUACUGGGAAUCAAACCCAGGGGUGCUCAACUACUGAGCUACAUCCCCCCCACCUUUUUAAAUUUUGAUACAGGGCCUCAUUAAAUUGCUGAGGCUGGAUACAACUUGUGAUCCUCCUUCUUCAGCCUUCCAAGUAGCUGGGAUUAUAGGUGCUCAUGUGCCCAGCACAGUUUUUAAACAGAUGUAGAUCACCUCCUUUGUUCUGUAACAGAAUACAAAAAUUGUCUAGCACUGUCUCUGUGCUCCAAGUUUACCUACUACUGGUGAAGGGACUGUGCCAGCAAUAAAAGUGAAGUUAACUAACAAUACAAGAUGAUGCGAGAGAGCCCUAGGUCAUGGUGAGUGACAGCUGGGUGAAUGGAGUAGGCCGUGAGGCCUUGGGAAAGAGAGAGAAGGGCUGAGUUUGACUGGACUAUAGACUUAGAAAAGAUUAUUUGGAGAUUUGUUUAGAGUUUACCUUUUUGUCGUAGGCUACUGAAAUCUAGAUACCAUCAUGUUUAUAAGUUUGUGGUGAGGUGGAAGGGAAAGGUGGGAAACUUAAGGUAAAAGAAUGUACUGUUCCUUUCUUCCCCUGGUCUUACCGUUACCCCCGGCAACAGCUGACCUUCUGGGAAAGAAUGUGUCUUUCCUUCCAUAGGCUUCAGUCAAGAACUCUGACAUCUUGAUACUACCAGAUUGGAUGCUAAAACAGCAAUAAGACAACCGGAACUUUGAGGAAAAAACUUACUGUAUCCAAUAGUUCGUACAUGGCAGAAGUAAAGUCAGUGUUCCAGGAAGUUCUUCCAAACCAAGGGCAGCUGUUUGUGGAAGGUAUAAGUACAAUGGUGCUCUGUAAACCCAAACUUUUACCCUUAAAAUCUUUGACUCUGGAAAAACUGGAGAAAAUGCAGCAAGCAGCAUAGUUCACUAACAAGAAAUGUCAGAAAAAGAACACAACAGCAAAUAACCCAUUGAUGAGACUUACCAUAGGGAACACCCUUCCUUCCUUACCUACCACUUAGUAAUUAGAAAGUGUUCUGCAGCUAUAUGCUGAAAGUAGGAUUUAAUAAAACUGGUAACAGUCAUGCUCACGUAAAUGAAAAUAAAAUUCCCAGGAUUGGUAAAACUUGUGAAUUUGUAACCGUGGUUUGUGUUGACCACAAGCAGUUGAAACUCUGAAUUGAAUCUCACAGAAUUUUCUUUGACUCAUGUUUUUAGAAUUUCAAAUUGUUCUUCAUUCCUACUGUUACCAGUUUUAAAUUUACAGGCACAAAUGACUAAUUGUAACUUUUAUAUACAGAGGAUCUUUGUAAGUUUAUUAAAUACCUGAAUUUGAAGAUCAAAAAAAAAAAAAUGUGCUGUUCCUCUGUCAAGUGCUACAGGUAUUGACCUUCUUGUGUGAAGGAACCUAAGAACUGGUCCCAUGAGCACCUUGUCAUUGGCUCAUCUGCAGGAUGGUCUGUGUUCCAGUGUAGUUUGGAACUGGUUUACCAUAAAGAGCCUCAGACAUUGAGGAGGCUCUGUUUUGUGUCUUUGUUUCUGGUUUUCCUUUAGUUGUCUUCACAAUGGUUUCUUUUUAGACAUCUGACUCAAAUGACCACCUCGUGCCACCUUGCACAAAAUAUCUAGUGCUUGCCCUUUGUUCCCUUCCACUUGGGAAAGUUUAUAGAUGGAAUGAAGGCAAGGUAGUUAGAUCCCAACUUUUGUCCAUGCAGUCUCGUCUAUCACCUAUUUCUAGGAGGCAUUUUAAAGGCCAUGUGGCUUUUUGAGAAGUUAAUAUAACACAGAUCUGAACUAUACAUCAACCAUUGUUGCACCAACCAUUAAGAUUAAUUUCUUUAUGGGAUAAAAAGUGAGCAAGAUUAGAAUUUGAAAUAGUCUGAGGGUCUAAAGCCCAAUACAAAUUUAAAGUAUGACUUAUGAUAUAGUCUUUUGUUUCUUUAACUUCUGUUAUCAAAAUUAGUAUCAUUGUCAAUUGAGAUAACCAACCAUACUGAGGAAAUUUCAGGGGCUUUGUAAUCCAUUCUGAGCAGUCAGACAGAUUGAGCUUAGAAAGGAACUACUGUUUGUAGUGAGGUAUUUAUUUGAGCAAGUGUAUAGUGUUGUAAAGAAUCCUGAGAACUCUUAUAAUUUUAUAUUUUACUUCCUGUCUUAUCUAGGCAAGUAUCAACCAUACACUCUGCUGUUCACCCCCGCCCCUAGCCUUUCUUAUAAUCCAGACUACAGAAACAUAGAUACAAGGUACAAUCAAUCUGGGAAUAAAAAAGAAUUUCCCCCAUGGGAAAUGAUGAUCCCCUAUGGACCCAAGGGAAGACAAACAUAUAUGCUUAUUUUUUACCCCUAAGGAGAAUUUAGCAAGUGACCCCUUCUCCCAGUGGAGACCUCCCUAUUUCUGAGCAGUGGCCCUUAAAUACUGCCCUGGCUGUGUGGGGAAAGGUGGACACCUGUGUUGUCUCAGUCACCAUCAACAUUUACAGUAUUGCUUUUUUAAUCUACCUGUUCCU